CGGGCUGCCGCAGAGCGCCGCCCUUCGGGGAGCAGGUGCGAGGAGCGCGGACAGUGCAACAAAGUAGCAGCAACAACAAUCAGCGUUCCAGCGAGGGAUACAAAAGGUUCCCUCUCCUGCCCUCCAGUCCAGUCCAUCAGGUGUCAAAAGAAUGUUAUGAGGUGAUUUACUGCAAAGGUAUUGGGCAACCACAAACAUUAAAUAAAACUACAAAUCUGAAGAAAUCACCUAAGCACCAUGGCAUGCAGCGUGAACUUUGACCUUGAUAGUUUUGAUCAUGCUCCUGAGAUCAGUUACGAUGAUCUUGCUUCUCCUGACUCUUGCUUUGAUGAAGAUGUGGUUCAUGAUUCCUUCGCUCAUCUACUCUCAGAACAAAGCCAUCAAGAAAUUGAGCCAUCGGAGGUGAUUGAGUUGGAGGAUCUGCCCACUGUGGGCUUUGAAAAUUUAGGAUAUCACAGUACACCUGCUCAAAAACAGGAAUGGCUUGAAGCUGACUGCUAUGAUCCAGCCACCAUGAAAGUCCUUGCCUUCAUGCCCAGUAGAACCAUCGGUCGGUCAAAGGGUGCAAUUAUCUCCGAAUAUUACAACCGUACAUUGAGAUUACGGAAAAAAAGAAUUCGACCUGCACUGAAAGACAUGCCUCGCUCGAUGAGACCAAGCAUUCGAGAUGCAAAUGCAGUAGACGGGAAUUAUGAAGAAGAAUUAGAAAAGAAAAAACUCUUGGGUGAAUUGCAGCAGAUGCCAUUGAAUGAUCGUAUUAAGAUGCUGCAGAGCAUGCCUCUGAAUCUCGCAAUGAAACGAGAGCUCAGGCGCAUGACGUCAUGCAGGAAUGUUGAUGACGGUCCUCUUGAAACAAAUCGUCUCCCAUGUUGGAGCCGUGCAAAGUACAGUCUGAUCAUUGCAACCAGACAGUGUUGGUAUGGAUUCCACUCCAACCUACACUCGUUGCAACUGUGGCAGAUUGCCCAGAAACAAAUCAGCGGUCGCUUUGGCAUGGGUGUGCUUUCAUACUUCAUCUUCCUCAAGAUGCUGCUAAUGUUCAAUACAUUCCUCCUUGUCCUGAACCUUUGCUUCAUUGUUAUUCCACAAGUCACGAAUCCUCCUGAAACAACAAAUGGAUCAUUUGUUGGAUUAGAGCUCCUGUAUGGGACUGGUUAUUUUACAGACACAAUUCUGUAUUAUGGUUAUUAUACUAACAACACUUGGACUAUUUGGAAAAAUCUGGGGUAUAAUAAUAGCUAUAUUAAUAUACCAUAUAACAUGCCGAUUGCAUACCUCUACACGAUUGGAACUUCCUUUUUCAUCACCUGCAUCAUAUUGGUUCAUUGCUUAUCCAAAGCUUUUGGAGAGAGUUAUCGAGUGGGCAGUGGCUAUCGUGGUCUGGCGGUGAAAAUGUUCAGCUUUUGGGAUUUUAAAGUAACUCAAAAAAAGUCGAUUGUGUUAAAUCAUGAGGACAUCAGCACCCAGCUUAAGGUAUCUCUAGCUGAGCUUGAUUUCCGUGCUGCACACGUGAGCCUUUUUCAGUGGUUUGCUAAUCUGUCGGUUCACUUUCUGGGCUGGCUGCUGUCCUUGGGGAGUGCUGCUGGCUGUGCUGCUGGAGUCUAUUUUUACUCCAAGAAGAUGUUGGAGGAUUAUUCAGAAAAAAUCAAAAUGGGAAUGUCUGAAAAACAAGCAGCGUUUAGUUUGCUAAUACUUCCUGUGCUCGUGUCUGCUAUCAAUUUUGUGAUGCCCUAUAUUUAUAACUUAAUUGGAUUAUUGGAAACAUAUGACUUCCCACAACAACGAAUCUAUGUUUCUAUUACCAGAAAUCUGUUUUUGAAGAUGUCCAUCAUAGCAAUGCUUUGUUUUCACUGGAUAAAAGGAAAUACGUCAACUAUAACAGAAAUAUCAUGUUGGGAAACGUUUGUAGGACAAGAGUUGUACCGCUUGGUGGUGGUUGAUUUUAUAUUCAUUAUCCUGGAAACAAUAUUUGGAGAAUAUAUCUGGAGGCUGGUUUGCAUUAAACUGCUGAAAAGGAAAAGAAAGCCUGAGUUUGACAUUGCCCGAAAUGUGCUGGAUUUGAUCUAUGGACAGACUCUCACAUGGGUGGGUCUGCUGUUUGUACCAUUGAUGCCUGCAAUUCAAAUAAUCAAAUUUAUCGUGGUUUUCUACAUUAAAAAGCUUAGUCUGAUGAGGAAUUGUCAGCCUCCAUGCAAGAUCUGGCAGGCAUCUCAUAUGAUGACCAUCUUUAUUAGUCUACUAUGUGUCCCUUCAUUCCUGGGCGCCACUCUUGCUCAUCUCUACACCGUAUGGAAGGUGAAGCCGUCAUCAACAUGUGGUCCGUACCGGACAUUAAAUACCAUUUACAAAUCUACAGAUAUCUGGUUGCAGCUGCUGAAGAAUGAGAAAUCAAAUUUUGUCUGGUUUCCGCGGAUGCACAAAUUUCUUGUGGAAAAUCCUUUCCUUGUCAUUGUCGCAUCAGGCAUCCUCCUUAUAGUAAUUUAUUUCCACUGGCAAGUUCUGGAUGGUCAAAGGAAGAUAAUUAAAUUAUUAAAUGCACAAAUUAUGAAUGAGGGAGAUGAUAAGAAGUUUCUCAUUGGUAAACUGAAAGAUUUCAACAAGAAGAAAUAUAAACCUCUGAAACGGCAAAUGCAUGAGGAAACUGAGGAUUGAUCCUCUAUAAAGAACAAACUGUCUUUGAGGAAGGCAAUACAUAAGAUGGGCUUAAGAUCCAAGCUGCUGCCUGGAAUGACACAGGAGGAGCAAAUUCUAGCUGAAGACUUUGAAAACUGAUUCUACAAGAGAAUUUAUAUCUUACAGAAAUGUUUCCUUUUUCGAACUAGAGUUUACAUCCAGGUCUGAGAGAAAAGUAAAGUGUUCUUCCGACAUACUGCAUCUCAUCAUUCAACAAACUUUUAUUUUUAAAAGCCAUCUACUUUGUAUUUUUCAAGUGAAAUAGCAGAAUUAGCCUAGGAAGAUACUGACCAGUAUUUGGUGAAGUGAUCUCCUGGCUAUGUGAAUACAUUAUUGUCUCUACAAAUUUUUACAUCUAUAUAAUGGACUAGAUUCAUCCUAAUGAUUACUGGAGAGGAAGAGGAAGUCGUCACUGGUGGUACAAUUGACACUGACAGUGCAAAAGCAACACGAGUGGUAACAGCCUGACUGUGAAUUGUUGAGUGAUGCUUAGAAUUGUUCUAUUUGUUUAUUUACUCAUCUGCACUUUACCUUGGAAAAUCUGAACUUAUACAUUAUCCACAAGUGAACUCAAUGUAGCAACAACCAAAUGCACAAGUUUAUGUCAACCAUGUUGUAGCAACUGUAACAGAAACGUCAAUGCAUUUUAGAAUGUGUAACUUGGGUGACAAAUAUCAUUCAGUCUUAUCUCCUUCUCAGGCAGUCUAUCAGAAAUGACGAUUACUUACUUCCCCUUUAGUAUUGUGAUUGUGGGUUCUGAUGUGACUCAUCAGACCACAGAUCCUGGGGCAGGCAGGUGGGUGAGUGGUUUAUGAGGCAGUGCCCUCCCUCUGUUGUUUACGCAGUCUGGGUUAGUCUUAACAACAGCUGCUGACUUAGAAUUUGCAUCUGAGUAAAUUUCCACAUGACCCUGAUUAACAAAUGUUAAAAUUAGUAGUUAUUCAGUGAUUUUAUCCAUACGAAGUCAGGAUCCAGAUUUUCUCUGACAGUGCAUUAUGCUGGAGGGGUCUGAGACGUCUCUACUGUCUAUAAUGGACAAAUAUGUGGUGCAAAGUCUUUUAGCUACAUUAUUUACUUAAAAAAAAUAAAACCCUUAGUGCAUUUGCUUAUUCAAGCUCUUGCGUGAAAAAAGUAUUAGUUUUUAUGUGGCAUUAUCAUCUGAGUUUCCACCAGUCUAUUUGUAUUUUGUCCAUAAGCAUGAAUGUUUACUUCAAAGUGACUUAAAAUAAGGUACUGUUGCAAUGAACUGAGGGAAUUUUUUCACAUUGGUAGUUUACAUAAUCUGGAACAAACUGUUAAUCGUCUUGUAAAUACGAGGAACUGCAGGUGCUGGUUUACAUUUAAAAAGGACAAAAAGUACUGGAGUAACUCAGCGGGUCAGGUAGCAUUUCAGGAGAACAUGAAUACAUGAUGAUUCGGGUCGGGACACUUCUUCAGUCUAUCUGAAGAAGGGUCCUGGUGCGAAGAGUCACGUGUCCAUGUUCUCCAGAGAUGCUGCCUGACCUGCAGAGGUACUGCAGCACUUUGUCUUUUGUUGGGUGUCCUCCUUUGCUUAAAUUUCUGGUGAGGUACUGACUGCUGGAGAUAAAACAGCUGGUGUUUUAUAAAGAUCAGGGGACCAGAUCUGCCAGAUACCUCCACAGCCGACUGCAAAUGUGAUCAGUGAAGCAUUUGAAAUGCUAACUCUUUAAUAUAUUCAUGUUCGUAUUGAAAACUAUUGUAACUCAAAAUGACUUUGCAAAUUUCAAUAUCAAACUGGCUACAUCUCUUCCCUAUAACAUGUAAUUAUCUACCAAACAAUAAGUUUCGGUGGAUGAUUGGAUAUGUGCCGUUUACUACCCAUGUGAGCCAAUGAGUGAAAACUUUUGUUAUUCUGAAUUGCUCCUUUUGUAAAUGAUACACAAUAGCACACUUCAAACUGGGUUUCUAGGCUUGACAUAUUUGUUCAUGCUUAUUCAAUUUCUAUCAAUACAGUAAAUUGCAAUUUGUAAUGAAAGAGUACGUGUAUAAAAUGUCAUUAUUUUAAGCUGUGCUGGCUGGUAUUUGAUACCUGCUCCUAAAUUCAAUUUAUAUUCAAUUGUAACAGAUUUAGAAUGUUUUUAAAAAGUAUUUGAAUGCCUAAUCUUAUGGGGUUCUACAGUCAAUGUACAUAAAUGUAGAAUAUUCAAUCAAUUGUAACUACGUUUUUCUAUGUUUAUAUUUAUUUGUAUAAAGGGCAGUUUUGUCAAUGCAGCAUUUGAUAUUGAAUUUUAACAAGAAUAUUGUACUUACACUCCAAUUCCAGGUAUGGUUCAACGAUGACCAAAAUGAUCUUUUUUAAUAUCUGUGUAAAAUGAUGUACUGUAAUCAACAGCAUAAUGUAUCACUGAAUAGAACUCGGAGAUACAUCCUGUAUUACUAACUAACCAAAUUAUUAAAAUGUACUGAAACUUGA